GCCAUCCACCCACCGUCUCCCUCCUCCACCGAGACGACGACGACGACGACGCCACGAAAUCGCUGUAGUUACAGACAAACAGCCUGCUUGCUUGCUUGCUUUCUUGGUUGGUUGGUUGGUUAGACACAGCACCGGUCACCGGAAUCGCCGCGAGACUUUCUCUGUUCCUCUUGCUUGGUUGCUUCGCCAUUGGCGCGGCGACGUCGAGCAGAGUUGCUUUAAUGAAUCCAUAAAUUUGGUUGACGGGUUUAAGAAAAGGCAAUAAAAAAAAAGGAAAAGGACUUGGAACGGCGCGCCGAUGGCGCCGCCGCCGCCGUCGCUGGACUACUGGCGCGGGUUCUUCGGCGGGGCGCGGGCCGGCAUCUUCGACGCCAUCGAGGCGGCCAUCCGGGUCGCCGCCGAGGACCACCCGGACGCCCUCCGCGCGCGCCGCGACGGCAUCGCCGAGCGCCUCUACACCGCGCUCGUCGUGCUCCCGUCAACGCCGCGGCCUCUUGCCGUCGCGGAGGUGGCGGCGCGACCGGACCAGCAGUUGCCCCCCGGCGCCGUCCCUACGCUGUGCAGCUCCGACCGUGCCGAGGUCAUCACGGACGACGACGACGGCGCGGCCGCCGCGGCGGCCGAUGCCCGCGGUGACUGCAACGACGACCGCGUCGCCGCAGAGGCCUUCCGCGUCAAGGCCGCACUCUUCGACGCACAAGACAAGACGGAGGCCGAGCUGCUCGACCUGCUCCGUGCUCUGCAGAAGCUGGAAUUCACGGUGGACACCAUCAGGGUCACUGAGAUUGGAACAGCGGUGAAACCUCUGCGGAAGCAUGGCUCAAAGCAGAUUCGGCAGCUCGUCCGAUCGCUCAUUGAUGGUUGGAAGAUUGUAGUUAAUGACUGGGUGAACAAUGGAGGUGCUAUUGUAGAUCACACUCCACAGUCGAUGGACGGUUCUUGCUUGGAGCAGGAAGGAGGGUUGCCUUCCCCUCCCAUGGAUGAAGCUGCUCUCUUCGCCACACCGUGUACUUCCAUCCAGUUAUCUGAGUUCUUCGAUGAAAUGGAUGAUGAUGGAAACAUUAGAACCGGCGCCAAAGAGAGCGUGCAACAACAUUAUCCUGCAAACCAAGAGCCUUCCAAGAAGCAGCGUCCUAUGGGCCAGGGGUAUGAUCCAGAAGAAAACUGGAAGCUCGACCAGUCUGCGAUGAGGCAGUCACAGCCAUAUGAGCCUUCCAAUUGGCAAACAAAGCAGCAAUCCAUCACUGGGACACAGCGGAAGCAUUCAGCUGCAGCACAUGGUCCCUGGACACCUCAGAAGAUGCAUUUUGAACCGAAAUGUUCAGAAAUGCGAACCAAGCAGCAGCAAGAUGCCCCAGUGGCUCAAAGACCAAAACCAACUAUGCGUAACGAACUGUCAAGUCAGGUUGAUCAAAAUUCAGUUCAGGUGAAUGCUAAGCUUGAGGCUACAAAACGGAUGCUUCAAGAAGGUUACCAAGAAUUCUAUAAUGCAAAGAAGCAGCGAACGAUACAAGUGGUAGAUCCGCAAGACCUACCGAAGCAAAGGAACCGAAACGUGCAUCCCAGUUGCAAGCCGAGGAACAACUCCAACAACAACAGUUUGCGGAAUCGACAUGCCAUCCGUCGCUGAUUGCACCGAUGCUGGACAUCCCCAGCCUCUUCAGUUUUAUGCCGGAAAAUCCUCUCCCUCUCACCAACUGGCUGCUGCUUAUACCCUGUAUAUUUAUCAUCGGUCAAAUUUUUUUUGCCCAGCACAGUACUUGACAACAAGGCUUCUCUCAAACAAAAAUGUGUGAGAACUGAGAAGCAUUGCUGUUGCACUAACAGCUUUUAUGUCAGUGCUUGUCAAGUUGUCAAGCUUGUAGAGAUAAUAGUGAUAGUAUGUUACAAAAGUACUAUCGAAUUCUAAUAUCAGUUCUAACAUACACAUACACACACACCCUAUAUAUGUAUUAUUGCUGAUGAUCUGCAGAUGUUUGUGGCUGCAAAUUGGCAACGACAUGGGGGUGAGGAUGGUCUCAGUUUUCAGCAAAGGUACACCUUUGCUGUCUCUUUUUUCUUUCAGAGGGGACAUCCUGGUGGUUUGGUUUGUCUCCUGCACAAUAGGUCAAGCCAGUUUACUCAAGUGUAGCUUUCACCAGUAGAGCUCUCUCUACUUGGACCGAAAUUGGCAGACAGGUACAGGAACAGCUGCAUUGUUUUUGGAGUUAACUAGAAGUUUUGUUCCUCUCUUCAGAGGUGUAGAUCCAUUGGGGUGGUCUGAGUCAGUGAACCUUGGGGUUAAUUAGUCACUUUGACUGUCAGUAUUAGUUACCUAAUCGCUAU